AUGAGAAGACCAUAUCAGGGAACAUUCAUUUCAGCUAGCACACUUGAUGAAGCAGGACAUAUAUUGCCACUCGCGUAUGGGGUUGUAGAUUCUAAGAAUGAUUCAUCCUGGACUUGGUUUUUCCAGCAAUUCAAGUGUGCUUUUGGUGAGAGGGAUAAUAUAAAGAGUAAGGACAAGCUGACAGGAGAGUUUUUUGCCAUGGCUAAAGCGUACGAGUUGAAUGAUUUUGAUGAACUUAUGUGUAAAGUGGGAAAGAUUGACAAUAGAGUUAAGGUAUAUUUGGAAAAUAUUGGAUUUGAAAAGUGGUCACGAGUUUAUGCUCCAAUAAAUAGGGGGAGGAUGAUGACUUCCAACAUUGCAGAAUGUAUCAACUCUCGUCUUGUUGAGGCUCGUGAACUGCCAAUUUUAGAAUUUCUUGAACAGAUGUAUCAAAGUGAUACAUCUGGGAGUCAUAUGUAUCAUUUUGAUACAUAUGUUGAAAUAUGCUGCCACUUGAAAAUUAGGGAAUCAAGUAACUACAUAUACGGUGUGUAUGAAGAAGGAAGAAAUUACAUUGUCCGGUUGGACAAUAGAACUUGCAACUGUGGUAGAUUUCAACUUGAUGAGAUACCAUACGCGCACGCCAUUGCUGUUUUGAAAAGCAAACAUAUAAAGGAAAUGAAUCCAUACUUCUCAGAUUACUACAAGAAGGAGGCAUUGAUGAAGACUUAUGAAAUGACGCUUUGUCCAAUGCCCGAUAAACAAGACUGGAAAGUAACACCGGAGGUGUUAGAAGAUGUGGUUUUGCCUCCAAAAUAUAAACACCCACCAGGAAGACCCAAGAAAGGUAGAAAAAAGAAAAGUAGUGAAAAUUUUUCAUCAACAUCAAAUCAUUGGGGCAAGUGUGGGUACGAAGGACACAAUAGACGUACUUGCAACUACCUUCCAAAAGAGAUGUGA